AUGACGAUCAACAGCCCACACGGCGUCCUCGACUCGCCCUCUCGACCAGGCGCGCUCUUCAAGCCCGCCCUCCAUCAUGCGCUUCGCACGGCCCCAGUCGAUCCGGCUCGACCCGUUCUCGCGACCCACAAGAUCCUCAUCGACACGAUCCGCCGGCUCUCGUGGCGCAACGAGUCCUUUACAACGGUGUACCAGUACGUCUCGUACGCGACGAGCUCGUUCGACGAGCACUCGACGCUCGGCAUCAUCCAGACGGCGCAGGCCAUCAUCAUCGCGGUCUCUCGUCCUCUCGUGUCAAAGGAAAGCUUGAUCAUCGGGCUCGGGUGGUCCUUCCUCAUCGCGAUUGUGCUCUACUCUGCAGGCUAUGCCGUCGUCGCGGCCUCGCCCUCGGUCGCCGUCUACGCGGUCGGGACUUUGGCGGCGCAGCUUGGCAACUCGGCUCUCGUCUCGCUACAGUCGACCGCCAUCUUCACGUACUCGGCGUCGCUCGGCAACAACGCGAUGCUCAACUCGUUCCUCUCGGUGCCGUACUAUGUCACCGGCUGGGUCGCGUCUUUCAUCGUCGAGGGCGUUCUCAAAGGAGCGAGCUGGCGUUGGGGCUACGGCAUGUUCUGCAUCAUCACCCCGAUCCUCAUCCUCCCUCUUCUCGUCCUGCUCUUCGUCCAUCAGCUCCGGCCACCCACCAGAGCAUACUCAGCCUCGGCCCCUCGCCCUCGCACCUCCCCUACCUCGACGACGCCUGCACUUCCGCCGCCGUCGCCGACUCGCUCGAUCACGUCCACCAGGCCGCCGCUCGCCCUGCCGUCGCGGUCAGCGAUGAUCCGUCGACGAGUACAAGCCGUCAUGUCGGACGAGACGCACGCAGGGCAGCUUGACGCUGUCGGGCUCGUUCUCCUCGCGGUCGCCCUUGCCGGGCUCCUUCUUCCUUUCCAGGGCAGCAUGGUUUUCUCGUCGCCGCUCUUCUACGCGCCCGUGUGCGUCGGCGCCAUUUCGGCCGUCCUCCUCAUCUUCAACGAGCGGCGUGCCGCCUGUCCGCUCUUCCCUAUGCGCGUCUUCCGCACGAGGCGCACGAUCGUGUGCCUGUCGGCGACGGCCCUCAACAUGACGAGCUUCUUCCUCCUCCUGACCUUCCAGUACUCGUUCAUCCAGGUCAUGUACCCGUCAUGGUCGCCACUCGUUCAAGGUUUUUUCGCGUUCUCGGAGCAGUUCACCCUCAUGGUCGCCCACCUCGCCGUCUCGUUCCCGGUCCGACGCCUCGUCGCUCGGCAGACGGACCUGAAGAAGCGCGGCGAGCUGCUCGAGCCGUCGGGUAAAGCCCUGCUGCGGGCGCCGAUGCUGGGCACGGCGUGCGCGUCCUCGGCGUCGGUCUAA